AUGGCCCAGGUUCAACGCGCCCAGGAUUGCCCAGGAGAAAAGGUGCGUAAACUGCCAUACCGGAUACCAGAAGCCCGGAGGGCGGCGGUCCAGCGGGAAGUGACGACAAUGCUAGAGAUGGGGGUACUGGAGGAGUCCCACAGAUUUUUCCCUGCUCCUGAAGCCAAGGCAAAGACGGCUACAUCAUCAUUCAGAACAGCCCGUAAAUCUACUGGAGGCAAAGCCCCACAUAAGCAGCUGGCCAUCAAAGCUGCCCGCAAGAACGCCCCUUCUACUGGUGGGGUCAAGAAGCCCCAUCGCUAUAGGCCUGGUACUGUGUCCCUGCGUGAGAUCCGUCAGUACCAGAAGUCCACUGAGCUGCUGAUCCGCAAGCUGCCCUUCCAGUGCCUGGUGAGAGAAAUCGCUCAGGACUUCAAGACUGACCUGCGUUUCCAGAGUGCAGCCAUUGGAGCCCUGCAGGAGGCCAGCGAGGCUUACCUGGUUGGUAUGUUUGAGGACACCAACUUGUGCGCAAUCCACGCCAAGCAUGUCACCAUCAUGCCCAAAGACAUCCAGCUGGCCCGUCGUAUCCGUGGGGAGCGUGCUUAGACUCCUCCCUAAUUU